UCGAGGGGACUUGUAGCUAGUCACAUGACAGAGGCAAUAUGGCUGCGAUGGAUGAGGAACAGUUUGCCGCUCUGCAAAUCUUGCUCAAAGCUUCAUCAAAAGAUUUUGUUCGACAGUUAUGCCAGGAGUGCUUUUCUAGUUCAGUAAGUGGCUCAGAAAAAUUGAUUGAGAGCAUUUGUUCCAGUCUUUCAGUUACACCAAAUGAAGCAAAUCAGUUAAUUUGUUCUCUGCAUAACCUAACAAGGCACACAGUUUACCAUGGCUUGACAUCUCCAGAAGAAAUUCUUUCCCUCUUCCCAGAAGGAUUUCACCAGAACCUUAAAAAUCUUCUGACCAAAAUCAUUCUGGAAAAUGUUUCUGUCUGGAGGAAUGAAGCACAAGCCAGUCAGAUUUCCCUGCCCCGGCUAUUGGAUGUGGAUUGGAGAGUAGAUGUUAAGACCGCCUCAGACAGUAUCAGCAGAAUGGCUGUCCCUACUUGCUUGCUACAGCUAAAGAUUCAGGAAGACCCUGCCUUGUGUGGGAAUGACUUUGCAACCUCUACCUUGACAGUUGAGCUGAAUAAACAAACAUUGGAUACGAUGCUAGAAGGUCUGGGAAGGAUUCGAGACCAGCUCUCUGCUAUUGCAAAUAAAUAAUCCCCAUGGUUUAAAUGGGUGCAGCAGCCAGAGGGGAACUUUCUUGUCUUGCCAGG